AUGGACAAAUUUGAGAGGAUGGCAGAAGAGGAGAGAAUUUGGCCUUGUCGGAAGGAUAGGAGAGAUAAAGACCAGGCCAAAGAGAUAGAGGGAAAGAGAAAGGAGGAGGAGGUGCUGUCUAAAGAAGAGCAGCGCAGGCUGAGGAAUGAGAAGGCCUUACAGGAACACCUGGACAGGGUAAAGAAUCCGGAAUUGACAGGCAAACAGACCAGACAACCACAAUGUAAAGAUUACUCUAUUUUCACUGCAUCAGGGCUAAAGAGCAAGGACCCGCAUGAUCAACAGUCAGCAAAAUGCAAAGAUUUAUCCAUCUUUUCAGCUGAUGCUCAGACACAGCAGUGCAAAGAAUUCUCUGUGUUUUCCACGAGCAGUCAAGGCGUGGCCAAGGUCCCCCAGGUUCUGCAGGUCAAAGUGAGUAAUAAAAGUGAGAGUGUCCAAAAGAAAGAUGGGAAUGACAAAGUAACAGCGCCAAAGACAGAUGCAGAGCUCCUUAUGGACAAAUUUGAGAGGAUGGCAGAAGAGGAGAGAAUUUGGCCUUGUCGGAAGGAUAGGAGAGAUAAAGACCAGGCCAAAGAGAUAGAGGGAAAGAGAAAGGAGGAGGAGGUGCUGUCUAAAGAAGAGCAGCGCAGGCUGAGGAAUGAGAAGGCCUUACAGGAACACCUGGACAGGGUAGAGAGGACAGGCAAACAGACCAGACAACCACAAUGUAAAGCUGGGAAAAAUCGCUUUGCUAAAUUCUUGAAAACCCUUGUGUGCAGAAAAACGAAGGCAUAAUGCAUAGUUCCUGACGUUUUCCUUGCUAACAAGUGACCUCUGCAAUUUUUUAAAUAUUUUCUGAAAUUCAUUCUCAUUCUUUCCCUUGUUUUCUAUAUCCAUUUCUAUAUAAAAUUCUUCAAGCAUUAUAAAAUAAUA